AUGAUUACGAAUAUAUUUCUAUUUUGUUGCUUGAUUUUUCUUGUUCAAGGGCUGAUUGAACAAACAAAACCAAUAUAUGGCAGUCAUCAAUUGAUCACUUAUGUUGUAGACUGGGAUAUACCAAGAUCCAUUCCUUGGGAAAAAUUGGAUCAUAUUGCUUAUGCUUUUGCCGUUCCAGAAAAAAAUGGCACAUUGACCAUGUUUGAUGAGAAUCAACUAAAGAAAAUUGUCAGUCAAGCAAAUGAUAAUGGCAAGGGUGUCAGCCUCGCAAUUGGAGGUUGGACAGGUUCAUUGUAUUUUAGUUCCUUGGUAAGAACCUCACAAACUCGUAAAAAGUUUGCAGAUAUUUUAGUGGAAGCCGUGGAUCAAUAUAAAUUGAAUGGUCUUAAUAUCGACUGGGAAUAUCCCAAUGAUCCCAAUGGAAUAUCGUGUAAUAGAAGACACCCAGAUGAUACAGCCAACUUUUUAGAGCUUAUUCAACUCCUUCGUGAAAUGUUGGAAAAUAAAUACCCCCACGAGCAUAAGCUUCUAACAGCAGCGGUUAGUACAAAUGUCUUUCUAGAUGAAAAUCGUAAUGCUACAAAAUCUUUGGACCCCGGAUGGGCUAAAAGCAUGGAUGGUUUUUAUAUCAUGGCAUACGAUUUAAAUGGUGCAGGGAGUAAUGUCACUGCCGCAAAUGCUCCUCUUCAUCUAGGCGCGACGGGUCAGCGUAUGAGUGGCGACACAUCGAUUCGCGCUUGGUUAAAUGCGGGGAUUCCUCCAGAACGUAUUUAUUUGGGCGUGCCGUUCUAUGGCUAUACGCACAAGACAACACAACCUAUUACUGAUGAAACUGGUAUGAAUGUACCGUAUGACCGAUCUAUUGAACAGAUUAGAGGGGACGAAUAUGAUGACUACUCUACAGAUCCCUGUCCCGGUUCCAACGGGUCCUUCUCUGGUGAAUACCAAUGGAGAUCCAUUGUAAAAGUAGGAGCUAACAAGAAUGUAUCUGAUUGGACGGCUUAUUGGGAUACUCAAACACGCACACCUUAUUCUUUCAACAAACAUACAAAUCAGUUUAUAACAUUUGAUAAUCCGGCGUCACUCAGCAUCAAGUCACAAUAUGUUCGAAAGCACAAGCUGGGAGGAAUCAUGCUUUGGUCACUUGAAAUGGAUGACAAAGACAAUUCGCUUUUAAACGCAGUUCAAGACGUACGCACCUAAUAAUAUUAUUGUUUAUUUAUUUAUCUAUUUACCAAUCCAAUAAACUUCACAGAUUAAAUCAUCAGAUGGUACCCGAUCACAUCUCCAACCUUUUUUUGCAACCUUUGUAAAAAACUCCCUUUCGUCGUGGUUACGUUCUUUAUAGGUUAAUAAGGCUUUGGCCUCUUCAUUAUCUAGAAGCCAAUCCAGCGUCUCUAAAAGUAAAUCGUGCGAGGAUUGAUUGUAAAGAACAUCUGUUAAUAAAAUCAGGUUGACGUCCUUGUACUCUAAUUGCUUUUCGGGUCCCCAUGAUAACUCUUUAACGACCAUGUCU